AGAGAUCAGAAUCAGCAGCACCCAGCUGUAUCUCCAUGAAGAGUGAUUGGUCUAUGGAUCGUCCUUUUACUUUUAAAGCUGGAGUCUCCUUACCUCUACACAGUGAUCUACAGAAAGCAGAAGACAGAAUAGCAAGGAGGAUCAUCACAGAUACAGGUGUUAGGUGUGAUAGAGUUGAAGUGAAAGGUUGUUCAGCUCUCGGCUCAGCAGUCAACUCCCAAACCUCCAAUCUGAGAGAACUGCAUCUGAUUGUGAAAACACUGGAUCUGUCCUACACUACACUAGGAGACUCAGGAGUAAAGACUCUCUCUGCUGUUCUAAGGAAUCCUUACAGUAAAGUGGAAAGUCUGAGGUUGUGUGGUUGUGGUGUCUCAGAUGAAGGCUGUGCUGCUCUGACUUCAGCUCUGAGAUCAAACCUCUUACAUCUGAGAGAACUGGAUCUGACCCUUAAUAAAGUAGGAGACUCAGGAGUGAAGUGUCUCUGUGCUGUACUGGAGAAUCCUGACUGUAAACUGGAGACACUGAGGUUGUAUAAUUGUGGUGUCUCAGAUGAAGGCUGUGCUGCUCUGACUUCAGCUCUGAGAUCAAACCCCUCACGCAUGAGAGAACUGGAUCUGUCCUUUAAUAAUGUAGGAGACUCAGGAGUGAAGAAUCUUUGUGCUGUACUGGAGAAUCCUCACUGUAAACUGGAGACACUGAAGUUGCGUGAUUGUGGUGUCUCAGAUGAAGGCUGUGCUGCUCUGACUUCAGCUCUGAGAUCAAACCCCUCACACCUGAGAGAACUUGAUCUGUCCUGGAAUAAAAUAGGAGACUCAGGAGUGAAGUGUCUCUGUGCUGUACUGGAGAAUCCUGACUGUAAACUGGAGACACUGAGGUUGCAGUUGUGUGGUGUUUCAGAUGAAGGCUGUGCUGCUCUGACUUCAGCUUUGAGAUCAAACCCCUCACACCUGAGAGAACUGGAUCUGUCUAUUAAUAAAAUAGGAGACUCAGGAAAGAAGCUGAUUUCUGCUCUUACAGAUGAUGAACAUUACAAACUACAGACACUGUCGUUAUAUAACUGUUCAAAAAAUUAAAAAAAACCAACAAUUUAAUGAAUUCACCAUUUCUGUUUAGUCCCAGUCAUAUAAGAUUAGCAGAUUAGAAGUUUUAUCACUGUGUUUUUUAUCCAAGAAUAAACUAAUGCUUUAAUGUUUUGUGUUUAGUAAAGUUGAUUUGAAAAUCAUGUGAAGUCAGAAGACAGGGAGUCAGUCAGAGUCUACAAAAUGUCACAAAUGAGUGCAUGAGAGUGAUUGUAAAUGAACAUCUCGUCUCCUUGUGACACCCUGCUAUCUCUGACUUCAUACUGCUGCUUUUGUUUGAACAAGAUGAUCUCUGCUUUUCCCUGUUUCUGGAAGCAAACUUCAUUCUCUUAAAACGUUUCUGCUACAAAUAUUGUAUUUAAGCCGCCACUUUCCUCACUCUGACACUUCUUCCAGCACCCGACCUCCACACCGUGUCU